AAACUUUGUGAUAUUUCUGCUAUGGCUUUAAAUCAUAAGGAAUAAACUCCUCCCUCUUGAGUUGCUCUCUACUGUCAACUCAAAAAAAAAAAAAAGAAAAGCUCUCCCCGUGCAUCGGAAUGGUAAAACGAGAACGUGCAUGGAGGACAAUGGUACGAUGUGGAGUGGCUGAAGUUGUUACAGACACUUAUUCUGGAUUAAACAGACGCAUUCAAAGUCGUAUAUCGUAAUUCUAAGAGUUAUUGUGUCUUCAUAAGAACCGUGGCAGGUCAAACUCACUGACUGAUGGAAACACAGAAGAGGAAAAAGGGGAAAUCUCUUCAGCUCAAGAAGGAGCGCCAUGCACUGGCGCGUCAACAACAUAUAAUGCCUCUGUUUUCGGAUGACAUGUAGUUGUAUCCUCGCUCCGUGGAUCAUGUAGUAAGUGUUUACGCUUGCAUGUAGUAAUGAUAGUGAGUCCGAUAUGUCUGAUAUGACGCCGAGUAAAAGCGUGGAAUGGCUGCAACUCGAGUUAGAGUCCGGAGGCACUUCUUUGCUCCUGCUGGACUGCCGUUCACAUGAGCUCUAUGAGUCGUCCCACAUAGAGACCGCCAUAAACCUAGCCAUACCGGGGCUGAUGCUCAGGAGGUUCAAGAAGGGCAACAUACCCAUCCGAACUAUCAUCCCCAAUCACGAGGAUAAGGAGAAGUUCAUCAGGAGGUGCAAGACGGACACGGUGGUUCUGUAUGAUGAGAGCACCGUUAACUUGCUAGACUGUGGAGCUCCAGCAGCAUCGGUUCUGGGUCUACUUCUUCAAAAGCUGUGGGAAGACGGCUGUAAGGCGUUUUACUUGGAAGGUGGAUUUGUAAAGUUCCACACAGAGUACCCAGAGCACUGUGAGACCCUCCUGGACAGCUCCUGUCCCAGCUCCUCUCCUCCGCUGUCCGUUCUUGGUUUUGGAAAUCUCCGGAUCAGCUCGGAUUGCUCGGAUGGAGAGUCUGAUCGAGAGCCAAACAGUGCUACGGAAUCUGAGGAGAGCCCCAUCCCCAGCAAUCAGCCUUCCUUUCCUGUCCAGAUCCUACCUUACCUUUACCUGGGCUGUGCCAAAGACUCCACUAACCUAGACGUGCUGGGCCAGUACAACAUCAAGUACAUCCUAAACGUCACACCCAAUCUCCCCAACAUGUUUGAACAUGAUGGCCACUUCAGGUACAAACAGAUUCCAAUUUCGGACCACUGGAGUCAAAACCUGUCGCAGUUCUUCCCAGAAGCCAUAUCGUUUAUAGAUGAGGCUCGGUCUCAGCAGUGCGGCAUUCUGGUCCACUGCCUUGCGGGCAUCAGCCGCUCGGUUACAGUCACCGUGGCCUACUUGAUGCAGAGACUCAACCUUUCUCUCAAUGAUGCUUAUGACUUUGUCAAGCGGAAGAAGUCCAACAUUUCCCCAAACUUCAACUUCAUGGGUCAACUUCUGGACUUUGAGAGGACGCUGGGGCUGAACAGUCCCUGUGAUAACCGAUCCACCAGCAAGGAGCAGCUCUACUUCACCACACCAACCAAUCACAACGUGUUCCAGCUGGACACGCUAGAGUCCACAUGAGGAUCCACUGGACAGCCUUUUUUUUUUGUUUGUCCUUUCCUGCAGUGUCUCUGAGGUUUCAGGUGCCUAACAAGCAGAGUCAGAUACAGCACUUGUGCACCAAAAGAAAUUACAUUGAUCUGUUGAAGGGGCUGAGCAUGAGCGCAGAAACCUUCAGAACCAGUCCUUAUGCCUUAAUAUCUAAUACAAGGAAGAGGUUUUGCUGUCCACUAGGGUUGCAAAGGGGUGGAAAGUUUCAAGUAAAUUUCCAUGGGAAGUUAAAGUGGGGAAUUUUGGAAAUAUUCCAAAUUGGGAACUUUCCAUGGGAAUUAUGGGAAUUAACUGGGAAUUGAGGGUAAUUUAAUGGAAAGGUAUCAUAUCCAAGCAUAAAUAUUUGUUUUGUUAUAAGCAGACAUCCAUCCAAAAUAAUACAAUUAAAACAGAUUUAUUUGUAAGUACAACUUUAUCAAGUGUUAAAUAUAUUAUUGAACAAUCAAUUCUUUCAUUGAAGAACAAAAACAUGAAUGUUGAGUUAAAUAUUACUCAUUCCCCCGACCCAACCCAUUCAAAGAUUAACUAAAAUACAAUCCCAACAAAGUCCCAUUCAAAAUGUUAAAUGAAAAGAGACCCUCUCCCUCCAAAAACGUCCCAUUCAAAAUGUUAAAUGAAAAAGCAUCUUCCCUCAAGCUUCUCAAGCCUAGCCUCUGCAUUUUUGCCAAACCCUUUCAGGCAAUGGGCUCUUCCUGGGUCUCUCAUCAACAUCCUCCAUGUUCACUUCCUCAACAUCCAACUCCAACUCUUCCUCUUCAGUGUUACUGUCAAGCCUUGUUGAGGAUGGCUCUGCACAGAUAUUCAACUGUACUUGCCUGAAAUCUGGUUGUUUUAGUCAGGAUUACGCUAAAAUAUAUAUUUUCCCCAGCUAUAUUUAAGUUCUCUAUUAAGAGCCAACCUUCAAUUUACUAAAUUCCUGGUUUAUUCCAGUUUAUUCCCAUGGAAAGUUUCCAACUUUGAAAAUUCCCAGAAUUUUGCAACCCUACUGUCCACCAUACAUGGCGUUAAUCAAAGAUCAUGUUCAGCCAUAACAGCAGGACGUUCCUUAACUUUUCUAUUGAAUCUAGGAAUGUUGUUUGACUGUUACCUGUUAUUCACCAGCUGUUCAAUGGAUAUCUUGUAUGUCUUUGUAUCAGUUAUGAAUAUUGCCUUGACGGUCUCAAAGGAGUCUUUGGCCAAUCAGAAUGUUUUCUGGGGACCAAUCCGAGAAGUUUUGAUGGUACUCCAGCUGAGAUUAAUAAGCUAGUACGGUGAUCCGGCCUCAAAUUAUUGUCCAGUUUUGUCUUCCUCUUGACCUUUUUUAGCUCUUUUCAUUACAGAUCAAUUGAUUUGUCACACUGAGUCAUUGUUUCUGGAGGUUUUUAAAAAGAUACAAAAUCAAGUGGCCACCUUCCAUGAAAAACUACAAAUUCCCUACUGUAUAUUAUGUUGCAUAUAACAGCAUUAUUUGCAUAUGAUUAUGUUCUUCCAACGACCAGUUUCUUUUGUAACCUCGAGGUCAUAUUGCCUGUUGUUGUCGAGGCCUUUGCCAUACCUUAACAUGAUUUUGAGGUGUUUCUCAGUAACCUGGUCGAGGUGUAGUGUAUAAGACCGGCCUUCAUAACAAAUGUGUAAGUAAUCAGUAGGGAUGUAAGGAUACACUCAACCCACAAUUCAAUUCAAACUCCGAUUUUUGGCUCUGGCGACGAUUUUCAAGAAAACUUAAUUGAACUCAAAAUUUAAAUAACUAUUAUUUUAUUUCAGUUCUCAGAUAUGGAUAGUUGCAAUAUAUAUUUUUUCUCUUAUAUUUCUUUGAAAACAAAGUAAUUCUUUUUCAUAUUUAAGGUGUGUUGUAACUCAAAUAAAACCACUGCACACUUUUUUUAAGCACCGUACAAAGAAACUAAAAUCACCGUACAAAAAUACAUUGUUAGAAAAUUUCAGAACAAUUAUAGAGAAAUAAAAGUAUCAAAUAUUAAAACAAAUAAGGUCAAUCUCUUUAAAUCAGGGAUGUAAAUGUCAACUAUUUUCCACAAUCGAUCUUUGGAAAUGUUAACGAUCAAUUAUCGUUUAAUCAUUAAAAAAUGUAAAUGUUUUCCAUGUCAAAGAUAAUGACAAAUGCGUUUUUUUUCCUCUAAAUCAAAUUUUCCUUCACGACACAGUGUAUAUUACUGAUGGUGUUAAACAGCUAAAGAUCAUAUUGAGGUCUCCAAAAUGUUAACACGCUGAAUAUCAACGUGAGGAGAGCAGGCUUAUAAAUAAUCUCUGUGGACGCAUGGUCAUAGAGUGAAGACUCAGACUACAACGUGGAUUUACUGCAACAGGACAACUGAACAGAUUCAUGUUUUGGACUCACAGUGUCCAGUUUUCUCGUUCUUAUUGAGAAAAAUAAGCAUUUAAACGCGGUCAGGUGUCACCCGGGAGUGCAACCCGAUCAGAAUCAGUCCAGCGGCAGAGAAAAAAAGCGCUCAUGGAGACCUGUCACUCAACUGCAGCCCACAGAUGAGCAUCUCCGCUGUGAGCAACACCUUUAGUCAGCUGAUUCUGAAACAUGCUUUAAACUUAAAACACCUCCACUCAGAGAGUGACGAGAGAGCAGGGCAAGAGACUUAAUGAUGUUGAACAAGCGGAGUAUAAUGCAGAUGGUGCCUUCUACUGUUUAAAAAUAAUAUCCCAAUACAAAUUUUGUUGAAUCGAUUUUAAUCCACCCUUAUUUGUAUCGAUUUUUUACCGUCUUGCAAUAUAUCCUUACAUCCCUAGUAAUCAGUGUAUAAAGGAAUGGAUGUUCACCCUCGUUUCUUAAUCCCAGUCUUCAGUCUGCAGCUACUCCCUCUGUGGCACUACAAUGUUAAGGGAAACCUGAUGUGUAAUUAGCUCUUCUCUGUUGCCAGUCUCGCCUCAGAACAAAGGAGUGAGCUCAGUGUGAGAGAGGGAAUGAAAGGAAGUGAGUUGAAAAAUGUGUUCUUACCUCACAGAGAGACAUUUUCAGGGAUUUUUAUACAAGGCACCUGUAUUUCAUCGUCAUGGCCUCUUUAAAUGCAUCCAAGGGCUGUUUUUGUUUGGUAUGUUUGUUAAGAUGUACAUAAAGCGUGCUUGUUAAACGGGGACAUUUUCUCAAAAAUCAUGAAGGAUGCAAAUGUGACCCUAUUUUCACCCUUAUGUAUAGUAUAUGUAAAGCUAAAUUUCCAAGACAUUCUGUACAAGUUUAUACAACAAAUAUAUUGUAUAUUUUUACUUGAA